UCUUCCGCUGCGAACAAAGCCAAAUAAAUUUGUCAUGAUUAUGAACGUCUUUUAGGACAAACCAAUGAACUGCUCACUGAGUCAAACUGAUAGACAGUAGAAAUCACAUUUUCUGUUUGGGGAAGUGACGCCACACGUUUCAAACCUGGACGACGGCGGGCUGUUCUGUGCUGUGCUCGCCAUGUUACCGAUAGUUAGAUUCGCUUAAAGUAAGCAGUUUAUCAUUAGCUGUUCAGAUUGAACUCAAAUUCUAUUUUGCGGACGAACAACAGCCUCUGACUCCGGACAAAGGGGGAAAAGCGAGUGAUCUACAAUUUGGUGGCUAAUUGCAUCGUUCAGGGAAAUUCUAGUUGCACCAGGUCACAAUGGAUCUUCAUAAAAUAAUUCAGGACGCAUUGUACGAGUUCAUCCAGUCAUAUAUUCCCAACGCAGACCUCAGCACGCUUGAUGACGUGAUCCUUUCCUAUAUAACGGGUGUACUGGAGGACUUGGGCUCCCAGGACAGCGUGGAGGAGAACUUUGACGUGGAGGUGUUUGUGGAAAUGCUGGAGGCCUACAUCCCCGGAUUCGCUGAAAUAGACAGUGUCAAAGUAUGUGAGAUGAUGUUUAACCUGUCUUCAAAACUGGCAAUGGCUCGGAAUACAGAAAGCGGUCAGCCAAAGAUGGGGUCGGAGUCUUCACUGAAAGAUGGUACUGCCUCAGCAUCCUUCUCUGUGCAACAGCAGGACUUCACAGCACCACCAGAGGGCGCCACAGCCAAGGAGGGUGACGGAGAAGGUACCGGCCAGGUGCAGCACCUCCUGGAGAUGUUCCCAAAAUGCAGUGUGACCGAGGCCAGGAGCGCCCUGAGCAUCGCCAAGGGCGACAUGGAGGAGGCAGUCCGGCUCAUCAUCGAAGGAGACCUGCAGCUCAGCCAAGCCCCGCCCCUUAACGUGAACCACGGAAAGACCAUUUCUUCGGUAGCUGACGAAAAGUUGAAAGCGAGCAUUCUUGAGAAAUACAUGUUGGUGGACAAUGAGGAAGACAAGAAGAUCCACAGACCCGUUACUCCUAAAGACGCGCCCAAGAAGCUUGUGCGUUACCACGGUAACCAGGUGGUGACAACAAAAGGGGAGAGGUACCACCAGGUGAAGAAGGAGGAGGCCGAGGACAUGAAGAAGACUUACAUCAGCCUGAAACCCGCCCGCAAGUACCGCUUCCACUGAUGAUGUCAUCUGCUUCUGAGGGAGCAGAGCACUACGUUUUAUGUACUUUUUUAAAACUUUUUUUUUUUUUUAAUUCCCCCACCCCCCCCGCCGGUUGUUUUUUCAGUUUUGAUUUUUGUUUUAGCUUUACCUGGACAAGACAAAUCAGUUGUUUGGUUUGUACCACUUUUUUUUAUUUAUGCUUUUCGCAGGUCCCUUUUCAGUGGAUAUUUUUUUCAAGACGUUUAAAUAUGGCGGUGACUGAUUGACUGGUCAGGCGAGUGGUAUGGAGGUAGAAACGCCUGCGUCGUAUGGAGUUUCCCUGACUGAUUAAGUUUCAUAUUCCCCCCGAAGCAAAAAGGGAACAUUUAGCAGAAAUGAGUCACACUUUCCUCUGGCGAAGAACUAGGAACACAGGAGAACCUCCAAGAUGGGAAUGGCACAGGGAAUGCUCACAACAUGCAAGUGAUGACAAAUAGCACCCACAUUAAUCUUCUAUUGAUUGUGGAUUACUCAAAGUACAGUGGGCUUUUUUUUUUUUAAAGGUUAAUUUCAUUUUGUAGGAUGUACCCUAGUUUAAAUGAACCAAUAAUCAAAGCAGUGGUAAUCAUAAUUGGACUCUUUUAGAAUGUUUUAUUUUUAUUUAUUUUAUUUUUUAAUAUGCCAAAUGAAACCUCAUUUUCAGGUACCUACUUUUGACCUCUUUUGUGAACGGUAUAAUUUUGUUGUAUCCCCUCUUUAUUUCAAACACUGCGGACUUUCCCUCACACUGUUUUUUUAGCAGUAUUGCUUUCCCCUUAGUGCCCAUGCUGUUUCUGAGGUAUGCUGUACAUUAUAUUAUUACAGGCUUGCUGCUAGUAGUUGCAACACUACCAGGGUUAUAAUAUCAAAUAAUCAUGCAGGUAAUGGUAACAUGGUGUAUAAAGCACAUUUCAUUCAGUUUCAUAAUUGUUAAGGUUUUUAAAGUUUUAUUUACAGUCUGAAGACACUGCUUUAUUCUACCCACAGGGAUACAGUGGGUCAAGUGAAGCUUUAGCAGUACAGUAUAAUGCAUAGCUUCAGCUCACACCCAAUUAUAAAUACAAGUAUUCAGUCAUUUUAAAUCAACAGAUGUUUAAUAUAUUUAUAAGAAAUCUGAUGUCAUCGUAUCCACUGAAUCCAUGAAACAUUUUUCAUUUUGAGGUGUGGCUAGGUUUCAGUCUACAUUUUCAACUUUGACUAGCAAUUAAAAGCAAGAUUUUUUUUCCAUGAACAAGUUGAAAAUUCAGCAAUCACUAAAAUAAACUUGUAAUAAACUAAUGUUUGCAUUUAUACCAUGCAAGUCAAAGUUAAGGGAAAAUGUUGAGAGCAUACAAGCCUGCAAGUCGUGCAGGUAAGCUCUGACAAUAUAAGUUCUUUACGUAGUACAAUUUGUUGUGGAAUCUGUAAAGAUGUUAACCAGAUAAAAAUCUCCAGUCUGUUGGGGGCGAUAUUUGUGUUUUCUUGUAUUCCAAAUAUUUUGUUUAUUAUACUUUGAAAUCUUUGGUCUCAAUUGUCUGUUGUUCUUAUGUAAUUUAACUAGGUUUGCCGUGCACAGUAAAAUGCCCAGUGUCAAACUCUUAACAGUGUACAUUUGAGUCCAGCAGGGGCAUUAUGUAAGAGCUGAUUUAUCACCGGACAUUUGACCGUGUGUUGUAACAUUAGAUGUGUACUGAAGUGUAGAGGGUUGGUAAGACAGUGUUGUGACAUGAUGUAGGCAAGUUACAUGUCUGUAAUUUGUCUUGCGUUAAUUUUGGCGAUGAACCACACUGAACUAGCAAAUUGCACUGCAGGAAGUGUUACAUUUUUGGAUAAUACGUAAAACUGAGGUUCUGACAAGCCCAGAUUUAGCAGACCCACAUUGCUCUUUGCCAUUAAUGGAGUUGCUGAAUACAACAGCGCAAAAUCACGGGCCUGUCGCCGUAGGAUUUUUCUGCCGUCCCGAAAAUAGAUUGGAUUCGCAGUUCCUCUAUAAUUAACUUGUCACCUGUGGUGACCAUUUAUAGCUCAGUUUGGAAACACUUUCAGGCAAAAUCUGUGCUUUCUCAGAUGAAGGCAGUGUGUCCAGACUAAAAAUACUUUUGACUAGCCUUUUAAAAAUGUAAAAUGUGCACAUUGUAUUAAGAAUUAGUUCUCUCUCCAGUAGUUGUAUUACAUUCUGAGCUAUGACUAAAACGGUUGAAAGUGUCACACGAGAUGUGUCAUUACUGCAAUUGUGCAUCUCUGUGGAUGAUCACUUGUACACUUGUCAUUAUCAUAUAUUUUUUGCUUACAAACUUAGCAAUCACAUAAGGCUGAGAUUUCCAUCUAGGCUAAUGCAGAGGUCAAAGGAAGCUUGUGAUAAACUGAAGGUAGUCGUUAUAAUGAAUGACACUGGGCUUCAUAAUGGCUGGUUAUAUAAACUGAACAUAGGCAUGAGAAUGGAUGACACUGGGCUUCGUAAAGGCUGGUUAUAUAAACUGAACAUAGGCGUUAUAAUGGAUGACACUGCUUCAUAAGGUUUGGAUCCAUGAGGAGCCCAAAUGUUUCUGCCAUAGUGGAUUGUGUCCAGUGAUAUAUUUUGUUUAUGUUCCCUUCCCCCAAAUGUAUGAGUGUCUUAGAAACUGCACUGAUGUAGAAAAAUGUCUAUUUUGUGUACUAAUGUGGUUUUUGUAGCUUUUCUUUAAUCUUUUUUAAAUUUGAUUUUAUUGUUUGACUGAUAUUUUGGAUGUUAGUUUGGGUACUGUUUUAAUGUAAAACUUCAAACUGUUCAGGCUCAAAGAUAGUUGUUGGUUUAGAGACUAUUUCACUUCAAAAAUACAUGUUCUCUAUUUUUAUACACAGAGAUAUAGAUUUGAAAGGCUUUGCUAUUAAGUCUACCAGUGAUAUUCAUCCAUUUGUAAAGAAGCGUCUUUACAUUACUGAAAAUAUAUACCAAAAAAUGUAAUUUACUUGUUUACAUGGUAUGUCUCAUCUCAUUUGUAUUUUCUAUUUUUUGCCUUUUAUUUUGUCUUUCAAUAAGCAGGACAAUUUGUUUUGUAUGAAAGCUAAUGGUUUUCAAUACACUGGAUCUGUGUUGUGCAUUUUUCUAAUUUAUUGCUUGAUAGGUUUUUCUUCUUUACAUGGUCUUUUUACAGUUCAGGUGGAUUUUAAUUUUCACUGACAAAUUCUUUAGAUUUUACACAAUCGAUUUUGUGGUUUGAUUACUGGAUGGCUAAUUUACUAAGUCACAUCUUUUAAGAUGUAUGGUUUUCUGUCGCAUGAAAGCACAUAAUGCAGAUUUGUUUCCCUGUUUCUAAGUGGUGUUUGAUCUUAAUGACUGAAGUAAUGCUGAUUUACCCAACAAGUAUACACAUACAUGUGAGUAACUGCCUGUACACAAAUGAUAAAACAUCUGUAAAUUCAGUCCUUAACAAACCUUAUUUUAACAUUUAA